UCAGAAUCAGAGUGGCCAUAACCAUCGCGUGGUUAAAUGACCGCCAUUUCUCUUUCGUCGUAAGAAAAGGUUUCCUGUACCUCGAAAACAUGUCAGACGUUGAAAACGACGAUGUCCCCUCUGCGAUGGCAGCAGGAGGUUCAAUGGACGUAAUUACAGCCCUCCAAGAAGUUCUUAAAAAUGCGGUUAUUCACGAUGGUGUUGUACACGGCCUUCAUGAAGCAGCCAAAGCGUUAGAUAAGAGACAAGCUAUGUUAUGCAUAUUGGCUGAUAAUUGUGACGAACCCAUGUACAAAAAACUGGUACAAGCACUGUGUAAUGAACAUCAAAUACCAUUAGUUAAAGUAGAUAACAAUAAGAAACUUGGUGAAUGGGCUGGUCUUUGUAAAAUUGACAGUGCUGGUAAAGCUAGAAAAGUUGUUGGCUGUUCCUGUGUUGUAAUAAAGGACUUUGGGGAAGAUACUCCUGCAAAGGAUGUUGUAAUGGAGUAUGUCAAACAGAGUUCUGUACAUUAAGAUCUUGUAAUAAAAAAUUGGAUAUAG